GUCUGGUGAUAUUACUUCGUUACAAGUAGAUGCCAUCGUCAAUUCUACAAACGAGUACAUGAGUGAUAGCAAUCCAGUCAGUGACAGGAUUUUCCAGAGGGCUGGGUCCGAACUAAAAGAAGAAAUCAACCUAGAUAUAAGAGAAUGUAAAACGGGCGAAGUAAGGAUCACCCGAGGCCACGCACUGCCAGCACGAUACAUCAUCCACACCGUAGGCCCCAAAUACAAUAUAAAGUACCAGUCUGCAUCGGAAAAUACUCUUCACACAUGUUACAGGAACGUGCUGCAGAAAGCGAAAGAGAUGGGCCUGCACACGAUAGCAUUAUGCGUGAUCAACUCCGUAAAGAGGAACUACCCACCCGACGAGGGAGCUCACAUAGCACUACGUACCGUCCGGAGGUUCCUCGAGCAUCACGGCAGUUCCCUAGACACUGUGAUAUUCGCCGUCGACAAAGUAGACUUAGGCAUCUACGAGGUCCUGCUGCCGCUCUACUUCCCCAGGUCGAAGUUCGAAGAGGACGCCGCCAGAUACCAGCUGCCCAUGGACGUGGGGGGAGCCGACGGGGAGCCCGUCGUGCCAGACAGGCAGAUCCGCAUCAUCGACAAUCCGCAACACACCCUGCACCCGGACGAGGAGUCCAUAGACCUGUCCUCCCAGCUGGAUACCUCCAUCACGGUGGGGGAGCAUGCCUUCAGCCAGAUGCAGGGAGAUCUGGACCAGCAGAGGCUGUUGGGGGAGAGGCCUUUCAAUGAUCCGCUCGCGGACAUCAUGGUGAAGGAGAUCCAGCACCAGGAAAGAUACGAGAGGCUGCUGAGACGCGCCAAAACCGAGGAUUUGACGGAAGUAUCCGGCAUCGGAUGCCUCUACCAGAGCGGGGUUGACAGGCUGGGACGGCCUGUCGUCGUCUUCAUCGGGAAAUGGUUCCCCUUUAAUAAAAUCAAUUUAGAUAAGGCUUUGUUGUACCUAAUCACCCUUUUGGACCCCAUCGUCAAAGGCGACUACGUUAUAGCGUACUUCCACACCCUGACGUCGAGUAAUAACUAUCCAUCGUUCUCGUGGCUGAAGGAGGUUUACAACGUGCUGCCUUAUAAGUACAAGAAGAACCUUAAGGCUUUCUACAUAGUCCACCCUACGUUUUGGACAAAGAUGAUGACGUGGUGGUUCACUACCUUCAUGGCACCAGCUAUAAAGCAAAAGGUCCACAGUUUACCCGGUGUGGAGUACCUGUACUCCGUUAUGUCACCGGAUCAACUAGAAAUACCCGCUUUUAUCACGGAAUAUGACAUGACCAUAAACGGCCUGAGGUACUUCCAGCCGGGGGCGCCAACAUAAGACCGCACGUCUUCUGUGGGGUGCCCUUCCAAACGGACUUAGUAUUAAUUAUAUCCCCAAGUGAUAAGUUGCAAUAUAUUUUUGACUAGUGCUAAGUUGUGUGUGCCAAUUGAAUAUAUAUAUGUUAGAACAAUCGCUGACCGCAAAGCCUUUGUUUAUUUUUACAUGGAAUAACAAGAGCCUCUAUUAAAAAAAAAAAUGUUAUAU